AUGUUGACGCCCACGAUUGACGAGUCCUCCUCGUUUUCUUCAGCAAGGCAGAUUCUGGCUCCAUCUUCAGACAGAGUUUUCCGUCUCUGGACCUCCUCCGGCACAGACAAAGAAUCUUCUGACACGGUGAAGGUGGCUUCGUAUAUCCUCAUCGGAGUCGGAUCUCUGACGAUGGCCAUGGGCUUCUUCGGCUGCAUCGGAGCCAUCUAUGAAAUCCGCUGCCUGCUGGGACUGUACUUCACCUGCCUUCUGCUCAUCCUCAUCGCUCAGGUCACUGCUGCUGUUCUCAUUUACAUACAGAGAGAUCCGCUGAAACAUGAGAUGUCCGUCAUCAUUAGAGGAUUGAUAGUGAACUACACGGGUCAGAACAAAACCACAGAGCACGCCUGGGACUUCGUUCAGAGGACGAUGAAAUGCUGUGGGUGGACUGGUCCAGGUAACUGGUCCGAGAACACUUUGAUCAAGAACAGCACGCAGAACCUGUACUCCUGCUCCUGUCGUAACGACACCAUCCCGGGAACCGACGUGAAGGAGUUUGGCCUGUGUGAGCACCUGUCAGCACAGCCACCUGUCUUUCAAAUGGGCUGUAUAAACAGCGUGGAAAAAUGGCUGCUGGAUAACUGUGGGAUUAUCCUGGGGAUCUGUGUUGGGGUGGCUGUUGUGGAGCUCCUGGGGAUGAUCCUCUCCAUGUGUCUGUGCAAGAGCGUCGUCCAGGAGGAUUACACCAAAGUACCGAAGUACUGAGCCGAGCACGAAGCCAGCCAGUUCAACACAGAUGGACCGACUCCCCUCCGCCUCUCCUCCACACACACACACACACACACACACACACACACACACACACACACACACACACACACACA